AUGUCGGCGUAUGAGGUGAAGGCGGGGAACUCGUCAACCUGCAAGUUCAGAUCCAAGGCCUGCAUCCCGGAUUGUGGCCCUUGGUACGAAUCCACUUGGGAGAAAAGGUCGAAGGCGCCGGAGGGGAAGGGCGGAUCCGGCUGCGAGAAGGGGUCGUCGCCGUGGCCGUCCAUGACGACACGCGAGUGGGGUCUCUGGAUCUGGAUCUGGAGUAGCGUGGGGUGGGGACGCCGCCACCGCGCGUGGUGGGGAGGGACGGACGGCGGCGGGGUGGCGACGCAAGGAAGGCUGCGGGGUGGGGAAGAAAAGGAGGACGACGGCUUAGUGGAAGGGAAAGGACGGCGGAGGCCCGUCGACGGAGGAGGCGCGGUGAGGGAAGGGAGCGGCGGAGGGGGCGCGGUGAGGGAAGGGAGUGGCGGAGGCGCGUCGGCGGAGGGGGCGCGGUGA